CGGCACUCGUGGAACUUGUCGUGCUUAUCAGUAGUGAUUAACCCGUGGCAAUGCCGGGCAGUCCACCCACUCAGCUGUUAUCUAGCGUGUAGAGUAUGGAGCCCAAGAGGAAAUGCCGUGAAGAUCAAAUCGGAUCUACAGGAGAAUCCCUUGUCGUAAAUCGGGGCGCCAAUAAGUCUAAGUGGGAUGGAGUGGACCGGCGGUAGGACCUCUGUGAUUUGAUUUCAGGUUUGGUUGAUCUUUGGACGUGACAUUGCAGAUUAGACUUCAUGUUCUGCCUGUUGAUCUGCCGGCGAGACGAAAUUGGGUAAAAAAGUGGAAGGGCUGUGAUGAGAGGUGCCAGGCUGGACGGAUGGUUAUAUAGAGAUGCGAGAGCGCUGUGAUGAAGAGGAUUAUCAGAUCUUCAUUACUCUGAAUCAAAGGAUCAUCUUUAUUACCGCUUUGUUGAUCGAGAUAUGAGUGUGCUGUGUUUACUACGGGAGUUGUGCGACAUCCCACCAAUGGCGGUCAGGGACAGUCAACAGUUCAAGUCCCUUGUAGCACUGAACCCAGGCAGAGCUGAUCUCUUGGCUGCCAUUCCUACAACCCAACAGCAUUCCAUCUCCUCCCUCUACACUCUAUGUCAUCUCCUUGAGCAAUUGCCUGGUCCAUGGCCAGUCUUCCAACUCAUCAAGACUUAUACACGCAUCUACACCCAGCUCCCGGAAGAGGCUAAGACAAAAAGCACCCACGAGAUCUCUUCCCUAAUUGAACGAGCUUCAACGCUAGUCAAGAGGUCGUAUACAUCCUUUGCGCAGUUCAUUGGUCGCGAUGACAAGCCAGCCCUACGAGCCCCCACAGAUGAGGAUGUCAUCUCCCACCGCGAACUACGACACUUCGUUGACAACUUCCGACUUCCCAUCAAUAUAUCAGAUAAAAAGCCUGUUGUUUCUAUCGCGUUACCAAAUGGUCCAUUACUAGCAGCUACAUGCAUCGCUGUUACGACUUACUACACCGCAUCGCCAAUUAACCCCGCCGCUGGAGCAGAACAAUUCAGAGCGGACAUUCUCCAAGCCCGAGCAGACUUUAUCCUCACAACGAAGGAUGAGUACACAAAACUGCAGCUUGAUGCCAAUUGGGUAUCAGAUAACAAGAUUCAGAUCUUCAUCAUGGACUGGACACGAGAUGAGGGCAUUUCGCUAAGGACAGUCGAUGGAGAAGCUAUCCCCACUGCCAGCGCUGAGCGAGUCGCUAACAAGGCUGAUGACAUUGGUCUGAUUCUCUUCACGAGUGGAACGUCGGGCACCAAGAAGGUAGUCCCACUAACAGUUCACUCCAUCAUCGCUGGUGUUGCGUUCGUCAUUGAAUCAUGGGGUCUCACAGCCAGUGACAUUUGUCUGAACAUGAUGCCCCUCUACCACGUAGGAGGGCUAGUUCGCAACAUUUUUGCACCAAUCAUCUCCGGCGGUUCUACAGUCUGCUGUCCCUCCUUCGAUGCCAAUCUGUUUUGGGACGUGGCUGAGACCAUUCAACCAACAUGGUACUACGCUUCACCAUCGAUGCACUCUAUCAUCAUCGCAGAAGCCGCGGCGCGACCCGAAGCUCUUCGAAAGAGUCGGAUACGGUUAGCUUGUAACGCUGCUGGUGGCCUAUUACCGUCUUUGGCGUAUCAAUUGAGGGACACGUUCAACUGUGUCGUCUUACCGAGUUAUGGAAUGACAGAAUGCAUGCCCAUUUCUACACCCCCACUAGACUACCGUCUCGAUCGCGAAGGUACAUCAGGUAUCAGCACCGGUCCCGAACUCACAGUCCUCAACUGGUCUGAACAAACCGUUCUGAACGGCACCGUCGGUCGUAUCUGCGUUCGCGGAGAACCUCUCUUCCCGGGCUAUCUCAAGCCUGAUGGGACAUAUGACAAGUCACCAUUCAACGAGACCGGCUGGUUCGACACUGGUGAUCUUGGAUACAUGGACGAAGAUGGAUAUCUUUACAUCACCGGUCGGAGUAAAGAAGUCAUCAACCGUGGUGGAGAGUUGAUAUCUCCAUUUGAGGUUGAGAAUGCUAUCAUGACGGCUUCGAAAACGAGUGACUCGCCUAUACACGGGAGGGUUUCGCAGGCUUUGGCGUUCUCGGCAUCGCAUGAUGUUCUACAAGAGGUUGUCGCUACCGUUCUUGUCACGCCUCCGGGUGCUCCGCGUGUUGAUCUGAGGACGCUGCACGGUGCGUUGAAGUCUUCUCUUCAGCAGGCAAAGUGGCCCGUGUUGAUCACUUACAUGGACGACCUGCCGAAGAACAAUAACAAGGUUCUACGUAUCAAGCUUGGCCAACGGCUGGGACUCCCUUCUGUUACUGAUGAUACGCCUUAUAUGGGGAGGCACUGGGAUGCCGUUUGUCCUCCUGCUGAUACCCCUCUGUCAGAGGCCAUACAGUGCUCGUCUUGUGCUGUUGACUACACCAAGCUUGCGACUCACGUUCAGAACAUGGCUCCAGAGCUUGACGUCUUUUGCCUGCCCAGCAAUCAUGAUGGUUCGCCUGAAGUCGUCCUUGCGCCUAAAGCUGGAGGUUCUGUCGACUCUGAUAUUGUCAACAGCAUUCGACACCAAUUGGCAUCAAUAAUCGACAAUUACAUGAUCCCUACCGAGAUACACCUCAUGCCUCACCCAUUCCAAAAGGACUCAUCUGGAAAGAUCGACGUCGAGGUACUCCGCUCAGAACUCGAGCAACUCCAAUUGGCAUCACUCAACAAACUAGCAGCCAGCACAGAAGGCCUAGUGACCAAAACCUUCGCCGAGGUCCUAUCCAUCCCACCCGCAGACAUCCCCCGUGACGUCGACUUCUUCAGCCUCGGCGGUGACUCCCUCCGCACCGGCCGUCUUCUCUCAAUGCUCCGUUCCGAGUUCAGCAUCAGCCUGCCCAUCACAGCAGUCUUCAACGGCGGCACCGUGACUUCCAUCGCUGCACAAAUUGACAAGAUGCUCGAUAGCAAGACUGAUGAGUCUGACCAGCCAAGCGCUAUCGUCGGAUGUACCGAGACUUGUAGUUCCACGAACCCCUUCCUCAUGAUCCUGCAGCUCUUCCCCCUCGUGGUCUUCUACCCCCUCCGCCGCGCAGUCCAAUGGACAAUAUUCUUCGUGACCCUCGCGCACUCUCAAAAACUCCCUACCAACCACUCCCUGCCCGGACGGUUUCUCAACCUCACCGUUUCCAUGCUCAUCGCGCGCAUCAUCAUGGGUUUUGUAUUACCCAUCGUCGGCAUCAUUUGCAAGUGGCUCAUCAUCGGCCGCUAUCGCGAGGGUCUGUACCCCAUGUGGGGAAUGUAUCAUACCCGAUGGUGGCUUGUGCAAAAGAUUGUUGCAAUCUGUGGCAAGGGCUUCUUUGAUGCAAAUGAGACGACGGAGAGGAUCUACUGUCGGCUUAUGGGGGCCAAGAUUGGGAAGAAGGUGAAGCUGGAGGGUGUGGCGAUUGGAGAGUGGGAUUUGAUCGAUAUUGGUGAUGAUUGUAACCUUACAAAGUGCAUUUGUAGACCUUUUGCUGCUGAGGGGAAUACGUCGAUGUAUCUUGGUCGCAUCACCAUCGGAAGCAACUGCUCUGUUGGAGUGUCUUCCAUCAUCGCGCCUGGAACUAUCAUGCCUCCCAAUACAUGCCUUGGCUUCAACUCAUCGAGCUGGGAGAUGCAAGAUGCAAGUGAGGAGUACAGAGACCAGCUUCCAAGUGAGAAGCCCAAGCCUCACUGGUUGUUGAACCUGCUCUUCACAAUGCCUCUCAAGCUCAUCGGCUUAUUCCUCUCCGCAGUUCCUUGGAUGGCCGGUCUUGUCGGCAUGGUAACGACACAGGGUCAAAAGGUUAACCACAAGGCUCCAUUGAGAAGCAGCGUGGACUGGUUCACGCAGCCCAACCGAAUCGCCUACCAUUACCUCGCUCUUGCUCUCGGAUGUCUAUUCGGUCCAUUCUUUCUCUUUGGGUUCGUCAUCCUGGUUAAGUCUACUCUGGACUGCAUCUUUGGCAAACUCAAAGCCAAUUCGCGAUCCACGGUGGAUAUCUGGAGAGCGAACUUGAUCAAGACGCUGUUGCCUGAGGGCAAAUUACAUCGGAUGACGUCUUUGUUUGGUCAGCACUACGAGGCUACAUCUAUUGCAUUGAGGAUGCUUGGUGCUGAGAUCGGUGAGCGUGUGUACUGGCCUGGUACUGGCCCUAGCAUUGGUGACUACCAUCUCAUUGACGUUGGUAACGACGUAGUCUUUGGGUCGCGCUCUCAUCUCGUCACCUCUGAUGGGAUUGGGUCAGAGAAGGUCACAAUCCAAGACCGUGCCAUGAUCGCUGAUCGAGUUUGUCUUCUGCCUGGCGCCACAGUUGGUGAACGUACGACCAUGGGAUCUGGUGCCUUGACCAAGAGAAACGGCACCUACAUCUCUGAUGGUACAUAUGUCGGCUCCCGGGCAGGAGAUGCCGUCUGCCUGUCAACCGGUAGUGACACCAAGGUCUCUCGCUCUCACAUCCGCAACAUUAAGUCGGGGGAUACCCUCACGAACGAAAAGAAGUUGAAUGACGAGAAAGAACGUCCAGAUACACAGCCUAGCAUCACAUCAGGAAGCGACACCGAAGGCAGUGAUGGCAAAGGAGACUGGGCACAACAUCUCUCUCCAUUCGGUCGAGCUUUCUACCUCAAGCUAGCACCUUACCAUGCCCUAGGUCCCUUUGCCAUCUUCUGCUACUCUGCCUUCUUCACAGUCUUCACCGCCGUAUACUGGGAUGUUCCCAGCGUCUCAUCUAUUCAAUUCGUUGGUAUCAUGUUCCGAAGCUCUUUUCCUCGGGGUAUGAACGUCUGGUUUGACCUUGUCGCCAUCUUCCUCACCAUGUUUGCCGGCAUCGCCGUUCUCUCCGCCAUUCAAUCUGUCCUUGCGCUGGCAAUCAUCAUUGGAUCAAAGUGGCUACUCAUGGGCCGCCGCAAGGCUGGUAACUAUGAUUGGGACAAGUCUCCGUAUUGCCAGCGCUGGCAGAUCUUCCUCGGCAUUGAGCGCCUUCGUCGACAGUGCUACAAAGGCAAUAGUAUUCUGAAUCUGCUCACUGGUACUCACUGGAUGGUUAUCUACUUCAAGCUCAUGGGUGCCAAGAUUGGCAAAGACUGUGCGCUCUUCGUCAAUGGCACCCCAAGCCUUAUGUUCACUGAGCCUGAUCUUAUCACGCUUGGCGAUCGCGUUGUCGUCGAUGACGCCAGUGUCGUCGCGCACAUUAACACACGUGGCAAGUUCGAUUUGAACAGAGUCGAGAUUGGUGAUAGAUGCGUACUCCGAACAGGAAGCCGACUUCUGAGUGGCGCGCUGAUGAAGAGUGAUGGCUGCUUACUGGAGCAUACGCUUAUCAUGGGUGGCGAUGUUGUCGAGGAGAGGAGGACGAUGCAGGGUUGGCCAGCAGAGGAGUUUAGCGGAAAACGGAUUUGAUUUACUCGUGGGGGAGUGAUUGGGUGACAGCGAUAUAGAAUUCCUUGUCAUGGGGUUUGGUUCGGUAGAGAUAGAUGGUCUUCAUUCCAGUCAAUUAAUUCAGGCUUAGUUUCAGUUUAGCGACCUGCUUUCAUCGCGCGAUGUGCCUCGCUAGCCUUAUUAGAGGAAAAAAAAUAGAACAAGCUUUACUAGUCGCAGAGCUACAACGCGAGCUGGCAUG